CGUCCUGUCAACUCCGGCGAACUCGCCGUCCUCGUCCACCAUUGUAGCGGACCAGAUUACAUUCGGGACUUCAGACAAGAAUCAUGGGUUUCGGUGAAUAUCCAGCUGAUUACAACCCCAAGGUGCACGGACCUUACGAUCCGGCCCGCUUCUACGGCAAACCCGAUACUCCCUUCGGCCAGGUGAAGAUCGGUGAGCUGAGCCAAUGGUUCGGUCGCCGUAACAAGUCUCCGCAGGCCAUGACUGGUGCCAUCAGCAGGGCUUGGUGGAGAUGGCAACACAAGUAUGUGCAGCCGAAGCGUUCCGGUAUCGCUCCAUUCUUCCAGUUGGUGUCUGGUGCUAUGGUUUUCUUCUAUGUCAUCAACUACAACAAACUCUCCAAGCACAGGAACUACAAGUACCACUAAUCUGAUUGCAUGCCAGCAGGCCCAAUAGCAUAUUGCUAAAUGUUGUAGUUCAAGCAUUGAUAUAUCAAGUUAAAGCAAAAUCUUAAAAUGUAAUAAUGUGUAAUGUAAUUCAGCCCUUAACAAUACAAUUACCAUUCAGUAAUCACAA